AUGGCUGACUUGGAUCUGUCGUAUACUCCCUGCCUGCUGGAUGAUGAUAUUUUCACGUUUGAGACAUGCGAUCGUAGUGAAGUUCAAAUACUAGAUACAACACAAGAGUCUGAUAUCACAGGUGGCGUAUCCGAGUCUGAGUUCCAGAAUUCCCUCAACGCCCUUUUCAAGACCAUUGUUGAAGAACACUGCGACGAUGAAUCGGAUAAUACAUCAGUGUCCACAGAUUUGGAUAGAACUCCUCCCUUGACGUCUCUCCUUGCAAUUCCGCCUCCUGAAAAGUCCAAUGCAGACCAGGUGCGAGAGCUUUCUACGUUGUUUCGUUUCCAUGCAUCCAGUAUUGAGAUGAGGAGGAUGGACGUAAUGGCAGAUACCAGCCUGACGUCCCAUUACCGUGACUGGCUCAGUCAUCACUUUGACAGGCAGAUACAUCAGGUGAUUGACCGAGUGGAGAAAAGUCUCAGUCUUCUGGAAGAGAAAGAGAAGAAAAGUGUGGAGAAUCAGACGAACUUCCUCGUCCCGGGAGUCAAGCGGAGACCACCAUUGUCCAAGCGAGCCGUACAGCUCAUGGAGGGUUGGUACCAGUCCAAUCUGCAUCAUCCCUAUCCUUCUGCCAUAGUAUGUGAAUCUCUUGCAGUCGCCGGUAACGUCACCGUCGAUCAAGUCAAGAAGUGGUUCGGUAACAAACGCAACAGGAGCAGCAACACCAGAACAAGAUCGGAAAUCGCCAAGAGGAAAUUCCGUAAUCGCCAUGGGAUUCAGGAAUAUGAUAUCCUCAGGGCUCUUGAGUGUGGCUACUAA